AGCGCGUCUAUUCCCUGCGAUAACCUCAUCUGUACGGCAGGAACACCAUGUCAGGCGAGCAUCUUCUCAUCAGCUUCCCGCUUGAACAGCAUCUCGUGGAAGACCUUCGCUCCUGUGGUCUCUUUGAAACUGUUGAGCACUAUCCCACCAAAUUUGUGGUGGGUUCAAAGCACCCAGACAACUUUUGGAACCAUGAACCACCUGAGAUUCCCGCUGAAUGCUGGACAAGGGCAACCGUUCUCAUGACGAUGUUUUGGCUACCAAAGUCGCCUGAGCAAGCACCAAACCUACGCCUCGUUCAGACCAUGUCUGCUGGUAUUGAACAUUUUGACGGAUCUGCCUAUCUCGCUUCCCCAGAUGUCAAGAAGCAGGUGCAGCUUGCAUCUGCUGCCGGUGUGCACAGUUCUGCCAUUGCCGAACAUAUUCUGAUGCAUAUCCUCGCCCAUUUUCACAAGAUGAGCGUGUUGAACAAGAUCCAAGCAGCCCGUUCCUGGAACAGGACAUUAUAUGUUCCUCCAGGCAGUCUUGCAGGAUCUCCAGAGAUUCGAGGCCACACGAUUGGUGUGAUUGGUUAUGGCUGUAUUGGACGCGAUGUAGCACGACUUGCAACGGCAUUUGGUAUGAAGGUGCUCGCUGCUUCAUCGACGGGUAGGAAAGCUCCUGCUCGUGGAUACACGAUUGCUGGCACAGGAGAUGACGAUGGAUCAUUGCCAGAAGCCUGGUAUCCCUCAGGAGAUGCAGAAGCCAUGGAGGACUUUUGGGCAAAGUCAGAUGUCGUUGUUCUAUGCUGUCCAGUCACCAAGACAACCAAGCAUCUCAUCAAUGCGUCUACGUUGAAGCAGAUGAAACAGUCGAGCUUCCUUGUCAACGUCUCUCGCGGCGCUGUCAUUGACCAGGACGCACUGAUUGAGGCAUUGGAAAAUGAGCAGAUUGCAGGCGCUUUCGUCGACGUGACGGACCCUGAGCCUUUGCCAAAAGACCACCCCCUCUGGACAACCAAGAACUGUACAGUCACACCUCAUAUCACUGGAGCGACAACAAUGUACGAGACUCGAUGCGCUGAUUUGCUCAAAAUCAACAUGGCGAGGUACAAGUCUGGAGAGCAGCUGAUUAACGACAUGGACCUGACCAAGUUCUAGCCACGACCUUGUCUUUGACGUUAGAAACUCGCCUCAGCAAAUUCGAAAGCUUCAAGAGUGCCAACACAAAUAUUUAUCACCAAAUACUAGACUCGAGCUGGCCACUCAGCUGAGCUCUCAUGACCCAUGACUUCCCAAGCAAGAUCAAGGCUUUAUCGUUUAUCCUCCGGCAUUGUUUUGGACACAGCGGCGCUUAGUCGCCCCGUUCCUGCAACUGAGAGCACCAGGUAUCAAAGCAAGAAUCUGGUCCUAACUAGGUCUCUUAUCUCCCCGUAGUAUGCUUGAGGUAGACCCAUACACUGUCUUCCUUGUCAGCGGUGUGAUGAAAGUUGUCCACGUGGUACGAACAUCCAGGCGAAGCGCACGCUUUCACAAAUGAAAC